AUGGAUGCCAAUGGGAAUCCGUCAAAUCCUGAGAAUGGAGUACCAAAUUUGAGUACAGUUACACCAAGUGGAGUUACCCAAGGUGAAUCAAGCACUCAAGCUCCUGGGAUCGAUUACACCAAUCCUUUGUUCCUUUCACCAUCUGAUGUGAGUGGAAUCCAGAUUAUUUCUUUCCAAUUGACAGGUAUUGAGAACUUUUCUAUCUGUCUUCUUGGGGGUAUUAUGUACGCUUCUAAUGGUCAAGCUGUGUGGGAAGAAUUAAUUGAGAGAUUUAGUAAAGUAGAUGGCUCAAAAACUUACAAUUUACAUAAAGAAAUUGCUACCAUUACUCAAAGAACCUCUGCUGUUUCUGCAUAUUUCUCAAGGUUGAAAAAUCUUUGGGAAGAAUUUGAUGCAUUGGUACCUGCACCUGGUUGUAAUUGUCCUAAGUCUAAGGAUUUUAUUGCACAUCUCCAGAAAUUAAACCUUUUUCAGUUCUUGAUGGGCCUUAAUGAUUCUUAUGAUCAAGGUGGAAGCCAAAUUCUUAUGAUGUGUCCUUUACCUUCAAUAAACCAAGCCUACUCAAUAGUUGUUAGUGAUGAAGGACAAGAGUCUGUUGCUUCUAAUUCUGGUGUGAUAGGAAUCAACUCUUCUGCCAAUUUGGGAAAUCUGGAUAUAGCCAUGUAUUCUAGAAAUAGUAAUAACUAUCAAAAUGGUGGUGGUAACAAUGGUAACAAUAAUGGCUAUCAGAAUCAAAAAUUCAAGAAGAGUUUUAAUUCUGGUUUAAUGUGUGAUUACUGUAAAUGCAAGGGUCAUAAUAGAGAGACUUGCUACAAGCUGGUUGGAUAUCCUCCAGACUUUAAGUCAAAGAAGAAAAAUGAUUCUACUAAUGGUGCAGCUUAUAAUGUGGUUGGUGAGAUGAGUUCUGAGGUAUGGUGUCACAAGUUUGUAAGGAUGCAAAGACUAGAUGUUGUAUCUGCACAUACAGAAGAUAGUCUGAAACAAAUGGCUUAUGUAGCACCAAAUGACUCUGAAUGGAUCAUUGACACAACGGCCACAAACCAUAUGACAUCAGACAUAACCUUAUUAAACACAAGUUCUAUUAACGAUCCUAUCAGAUCAAAGAAAGUACAUUUACCAAAUGGCAAUACAGUACUAGUAAAAAAUACUGGUGAAAGUACUAUUUCUCCAAGAAGUACAAUUUCUAAUGAUCUCUUCACUGGGAGGGUGAAGGAGAUUAGUAAAGAAGAAGAAGGCUUAUAUCUACUAUUAAAUCAACAUAAUGGAAGACAUAUCAGUUUAGCUGUACAAAAUCAUAAAUCUAAGAAUGCAUCUGAGGAUAUCGUUCUUUGGUAUCAAAGGCUUGGACACAUUUCUUCUGUAGUCUUAAACAAAUUACUUUCCAAUUGCCCAAAGAUGGUUCUAAAUAAUGUGUCACCUUAUGAAAGAAUGUAUCAUAGGCAACCUAGUUUAAGGCAUUUGAGAGUAUUAGGUUGUUUAUGCUAUGCCAAGGAUAUGACUCAAUUUGACAAAAUGCAAUCUAGAGUCAAGAUUGCAGUACACAUGGGUUAUUCUGAAUUGCAGAAGGGUUAUAUACUAUAUGAUAUCACUAAUUCUGUGUUCUUUGUUAAUAGGGAUGUAGUAUUUCAAGAAGAUGUCUUUCCAUUCUCUAAAACAAAAGCAGAUGUUCAACCUUUAUUUCUGAAUGACACAUCAGAACACACUGAGAGCUGGUUCAAUAAAACAGUAGAUUUCAAUGCUACUGAGUUAGAUGCCGACAAGAGUGUGAAUUCUAUACCUUCUAAUGUUGUAACUGCAUACUGUGAUGCAGAUUGGGCUACUUGCCCAAUCACUAGGAAAUCUGUUUCUGGUUUUCUUGUGAAGAUAUGA